AUGCCCCCAAAGGGCAACAAAGGCCAGAACAAGGGCAAGUCGGGCGAGGAGGAGCGCGACGAGCCGCUGCAGGCUGUGAUACUCGCGGACCCCUUCGAGACACGCUUCAAUCCCUUCACACUCGAGCACCCAAGAUGUCUCCUACCCCUCGCGAAUACCCCGCUCAUCGAAUACACGUUCGAGUUUCUCGCCAAUGCCGGCGUCGAGGAAGUCUUUGUAUACUGCGGCGCACACAGAGAGCAGGUUGAAGAGUACAUAAAAGCCUCAAGAUGGUCUUCCAAGUCUUCGCCCUUCUCGCGACUGGAGCUCAUCCAGUCGACGUCACACUCGAUCGGUGACGCGAUGCGAGACCUGGACAGCCGGGGUCUGCUCGUGGGAGACUUCCUCCUGGUGUACGGCGAUGUAGUCAGCAAUCUGCCCUUGGAGUCUGCGCUUGCAGCGCACAGAGCGAGACGGGCCAAGGACAAGAACGCGAUCAUGACCAUGGUGCUGCGCGAGGCAGGCGCGACUCAUCGGACAAAGGCCCAGGGAACAAGUCCGGUAUUUGUGAUUGACCCGCAGAAAGACAGAUGCUUGCACUUUGAACAAAUGCCCAACCGCGACCAGACGCACUACCUCUCCAUCGACCCCGAGCUGCUUUCCACCCACCAGGAGAUCGAAGUACGCCAGGAUCUGAUCGACUGCGGCAUCGACAUCUGCACACCCGACGUACUCGCGCUAUGGAGCGACAACUUCGAUUUCCAAGCGCCUCGCAAGGGCUUCCUACACAGCGUACUCAAGGAUUACGAGCUCAACGGCAAGACCUUCCACACACACAUCAUCUCAGACCACUACGCGGCACGAGUACGAAACCUCCACGCAUACGAUUCGGUUAGCAAGGACAUUGUGUCACGCUGGGCAUACCCGUUGUGCCCGGACAGCAAUCUUGUUCAGGGACAGUCAUAUCGGUUACAAAAGGGCAAUACCUACAAGGAGGAGGGCGUCAUACUUGCGCGCGACUGUAUCAUUGGACGAAAGACAGUCAUCGGACGGGGUACCAGCAUAGGCGAAAAGAGCAUCAUUACCAACAGUAUUAUCGGAAGGCAUUGUCAAAUUGGCCGAAAUGUCAAAAUCGACGGCGCAUACAUUUGGGACUAUGCCAGCAUAGCCGACGGCAGCACAGUCACCAAGGCAGUCAUUGCGAACGAAGUGGCCAUAGGUCGCAGGUGCACCAUCGAAGCCGGUGCUCUGAUAUCGUAUGGGGUCAGCAUCAGCGAAGGCAUGACAAUACGAGGAGAUCACAGAAUCACAAGAGCAAAGCGGAGACGCGAACAAGGGGAGGAGAUUGUCCGGGGCAACUCAGAUCCUGCGAUUGUUGGCGAGAAAGGGGACGGCUUCGAGUUCUAUGACUCUGACGAAGAUGACGAGGACGAGCUUGUUGAUGGUCUCGCUACCAGAGGUCCCAUGUACAACUUCUCAAACGAAUCGAUAUCCACAAUCAACUCGGAUUCGGAGGCAGACAUGAUGGGUAUGGAACGCCAUGACAGAUCAGCGACCAGUAGUUUCUUGUCUGUGGGCUCGGCAGACAGUCAACAUGCGGCAAACUUUGAUCACGACGCUUCUGCCAGUAUUUACGAUUCGCUUGUCGAAGGCCACGAAUCUGCAAACAUCCAGCUGGAGCUGACGGCACUCCGUAUGAGCACAAACGCCUCUGACCACCAAGUCAGACGUGCCGUCGUUUCCUCGUUCGUCAAGCGCGUCACCCAACUUACAAAGUCGGGCGAGGCAAUCAAGAGCGCUGUUGCGCAGGUCUUUGGGCAACACAAGGAGCUCAUUGACCGGUCCAUCUUUGACAAGAACGCUGAAAGCAAGACGGAUCAGAUCGACUUUAUGCUCCUGCUCCAGGCCGACUUGUGCAACAAGGAGAACGGCGAUGCCAUCUUGCUGAGUGCAUCGACCAAACUGGUUGAACUAGACUCGAUAGAAGAGGAUGGCAUGAUUCAGUGGUGGGAAGACGAGAAGAGCACGGAGAAUGCGGACAUGGAGAAGGUCAGGCAGAAGACGAAGAGUUUGAUUGACUUUUUGCAGAUGGAAAGUGAGGACGAGAGCGAGGAAGAGAGUGAUGAGGAUUAG